AUGAGCGAUGAAAGAGGCACAAGGCUGUUGGCCUGUAUAUGGACUUUGGCCCUCCUGAGUCUUGUCUUGCUGUUCCUGCGUGUUUACUGCAAGUUAUGGCGGGGCAAAGGCUUUGGACGGCACGCGAAGACCAUCAGCGAAGAGAACCUCAAACUUAUCAACCUCAACACUAUCGUCGGAGCGGCAUUCGGAAUCUUAGCAACUUCGAUCAGCAAAACUUCCUUCGCCAUCACCUUGCACCGAAUCUCUACCAAUGCGUGGAUGCGAUACUUUCUCGUCUUCGUUAUCGUCACCAUCAAUGUCACCAUGAACUUGGUCUGGAUUUUCGGUCUGGCCAAGUGUUCACCUCUUGCGAGAGUGUUCGACAAGAAGGUGGAGGGAACCUGCUGGGAUCCAAAAAAGCUUCUUACCUACCAACUUUUUGCCGCUUAUUACUCGGCUAUUCUCGACUUUGUGCUUGCAUUACUUCCGUGGAUGAUUCUCAUGCGUAUGACAAUGCGACGACGAGAACGACUUGGAGUUGCCGUUGCUAUGAGUCUGGGUGCUAUUGCUGGUAUCACUGGCAUCGUCAAGUCUGUGUUGGUCGUCAGCAUGAAGAGUGACGAUAUCACUUACGACCGAGUCGACCUAACAAUCUGGACAUUGACGGAACCCGCCGCCUCCAUCAUGGCUAUCUGUAUCCCUGUCCUGAGGAUGUUGUACCAUGAACUCAAGUUAAGCUCAAGAAGUUACAAUCGCAACAAGACCAACACGACUCCUCAGGACAUCGAUACGAGACAUACCGCGGCGAAGCGAUACGGCCCGAACUCGAGAUACGGACGCAACUCUAUUGUCAUUAUGUCAACAAAUGGCUGGCAGGAGUCGCAAGAAGCUCUCCAAGAUUCCGAUGGGAGCGUGAGCCACGGCAAGGCGUCUGUGAGCUCACAUGGUGUUAUGAAGACCGAGGAGGUCAGAGUGCACCACGAACGUAUAAGCACCUAUAGCGACGAAAAUCCCAUAGAGCUGCGGGAGCUACAGCAGGCGAAGGUCGCGGGGUCAUUGCAGAGCAACCAACUUCGAAAGUCAUCCUUCUAA